CGUAGUGGAGGACACCUUUUCUUGUGGGUGACCGAAUUUCUCGUGCUUCCGCCACCUGUUAAUUAUCGUGACCGAGCACGUACGCGCACCCGUGAAAUCAAACUGAGAUUCGAGCUGCAACGUCAAAGAGCUGUAAAGUCGCCUCCAACACCUAGCCACCGUCCUACAGACAUGCUUUCUGCUCUGCGGUGUAUCCUGUCCAAGCUCAUUUCUCCGCUGUGGAGGACGGUAGAGGUGGAUGGAGAUAGGAUAUUUUCCGACACACCAGGCAUGGAGGAGAUUCGCCACAUGCGGAACAGCGUGGUCACCCAUCUGGGUCUUGACCACGGCAUGAUAGACAAUGCAGUCUGCUUCACGAGUGCCGAGGUGCUGGGUGGGAUCCCACUGAGAGAGGGGGACAUGGUGAACUGCAUAGCAGUGAGGCAAGGUGCCCAAGGGGGGUGGAAAGCUCUGAGGGUGGAGAAGAGUGCGGAUGCUUGGGAGGACGGAGGAAGCACUUCGCUAGAAGCUGACACUAUGCAGCUGCGGCCUCUCAUCGGUACGGUCACUUCAUUUGAUGGAGACGGCGGCUACAUAAAUCAGACCACCUACUUCUCAAGUGGCAGCCUUUGGGAAGGUUUUAAGCCAAUGAAAGGAGACUGGGUCCAAGCCAAGUAUUUUAUCAAUCCAACCCAGUGGACGACCCAGGCUCAUUCUGUUGCUCCUUUACGCUACUGCCGCAGAGAUCAGAUGUGCGUGACCAGCAUGUAUGGUAACAACGGAGUGGUGGAGGACAGUGUUUUCUUCAGCCUGGACUCUUUGCUGCUACCCGCCCACUACCAGCCUUUGCCGGGGCACCUGGUCAACCUGGUGAUGGUGGAGAGCAGCCAGUCCCUUUACUGUUGGAGGGCCCUGUGCAUGGCACCCUGCCUUCAGAGUUGCAGUAUGAAUAUUCCUGUUACGCAUCUCACAGAGACUCCACUCCAAGGCAUCUUUGAAAACAAAGGAGGGCUGGAAGUAACGGACUAUGGCCAGUUUGGGGAUGUGAUGAUUGGGGAGAGACGAGAGCUGGUGCUCUGGAUACAAAAUAAAGGCUCAGAGACGCACAGGCUGAAGUGCUGGGACUUUGCCGGCUGGGACUCAGAGGAGCAGUUCUCCGUGGUUUCUGUCAGUGAAUCCACACCGCUGAGUCAGAAACGACAAACUUUGCAGGAAAAUUGCUCUGAGUCUUCAGAAAAACAAGUUGGAGUUGUGAAACAGGUUGACAAAGAGAAUAGUGAGCUGCAGUACAACUCCCCCGGAGCGAGAGGAGAGGAGAGAGAGGUGUUUAUUUCCCCAGAUGAACGACUGUCGAUUGUUGUGGCGUGCAACCCAAAGAGCAUGGGAAGCUGUGCUGAGCUGCUGCUGCUGCACUUCUCUUCUUUCACCAUUGGGAGGCGCCUGGAGGUCACAGUGGGCAGUGAACACGAGGGCCUGCUGCAGCCCUUUGUGUCCUACGCUCCCACUUACACGAGUCCAGUCUUGACCCCCUUUCACGUGAUCACAGUGUCUGCUCCAAAAGAUAGACCAAGGCUUUCUCAGCGAUCACUGCCAAACUUUCUACCUCAGUACCCUGUGCCUAAGGCUCUAAGAGACUGUGUGGAGGCACAGAGUGAUGUGCUGGUAGUUCAGCCCUGCUUAGGACAGGAGCUGUCUGCGUCCAACAUACAGUUACGUUUCUCAGCACUGCUGUGGCUAGAAGAGCUUCACGCAGAAAUGGAAAUGAAAGAAUUAACAAUCACUGGAGUUCCUCUCAAGAAAGGAAGCGUCUCCCUCCACCUCAAGGUGCCUGGGUUGUCUGAAGGCAGACCCAAUAUCAAUAUAGGGGACAGAAUAGUGCUGAAGAAACCAGAGGGCAACGGUUCAGCAAUAAACUGUGUUAGUUAUGUCACAGAGAUCAAUAACGAAGACGUGAGUUUGCGAGUGAACUCAGAAUUCCAGCGCAGCUACCUCGGAGAGCCACUUGAUGUCGAGUUCUCUUUCAACAGGUUGACCAUGAGGCGGUGUCACCACGCACUUCAACAGACAAAACAGUUCGGAGACAUUCUGUUUCCGUCCAGAGUGACUCCUCAGAGCCCUCAGUGGACAGCAAGAUGGAUAGAUGAGCAAGACCAAAGCAAGACAGUGAAGGACAAUCAGACUGCAGCCACUGAAAACGGAUCAAUGUCGAGCAUCGUGGUCGACAUGAAGUCCAAGGCCACACAGACUAAAGAUGGUAGACUGCCGACCAAACCGACCCCCUGCCAAGGGAAUUUCUUUAACCCGGACCUGAACCUCCCCCAGAGAGAGGCCGUGAAGAGGAUUGUGGCAGGAGAGUGUCGACCCAUUCCUUAUAUGCUCUUUGGACCUCCAGGCACUGGAAAAACAAUCACCCUUAUAGAGGCCAUACUGCAGAUUUACCACUUUCUGCCCAGUAGCCGGGUACUCGUAUGUACUCCUUCUAACAGUGCGGCCGACCUCAUCUGCAUCCGCCUCCAUGACGGCGGCUUCCUGCAUACUUCAAGUUUGGCCCGUGUUAACGCAACCUUCAGGCAGUACGAGUCUAUUCCAGAAGUGCUGAAGCCGUACUCAAAGGCCGGGGAGGACAUCCGUCACGCUGCUUUUCACAGGAUUGUGGUCAGCACCUGCUCCAGCGCUGGCAUGUUCCAUAAUAUAGGAAUACAAGUGGGACAUUUUACCCAUGUGUUUCUGGAUGAAGCUAGCCAGGCCACUGAGCCGGAGUCUCUGAUUCCCAUUAGCCUUGUAUCAGAGAGAGACGGACAGAUAGUGCUGGCUGGAGACCCCUGUCAGCUGGGUCCGAUAGUGAAGUCUAAGCUCGCUACUGCCUUUGGCCUCGGGGUGUCUUUGAUGGAGAGGCUGAUGGCCAACCCGCUGUACUCCAGACAGGACUGGGGCUAUAAUCCCAAGCUGGUGACUAAGCUGAUCUACAACUAUCGCUCCCAUGAGGCCUUGAUCCAACUGCCUUCCAAGCUCUUCUACCAGGGAGAACUGUGUUUUAAAGCCCCCAGUGACAUUGUGGAGUCCCUCUGCCAGUGGAAAAAUCUGCCCAAAAAAGGCUUCCCACUCCUUUUUCACGGUGUCAGGGGCUCUGAAAUGAGAGAAGGCAACAACCCAUCAUGGUUCAACCCAGCUGAGGCUGUACAGGUAAUGCUGUACUGCUGCCAGCUGGCAAAAAAGCUCUACAACCCCGUGGAUGUCUCAGACAUUGGCAUCAUUGCCCCCUACAAGAAACAAUGUGAGAAGAUUCGCGUGCUGCUGGGAAAGGUGGGUCUGUCUGACAUCAAAGUGGGCUCGGUGGAGGAGUUCCAAGGCCAAGAGUUCCUGGUCAUCAUUCUGUGUACGGUGCGCUCUAAUGAAUCUGUAGAAAACGAUGAUUUGCAGAGAUCGCUAGGUUUUCUGGCCAACCCGAAACGCUUCAACGUGGCCGUCACUCGGCCCAAAGCUCUGCUCUUAGUUGUUGGAAACCCACACAUUCUCAUUAGGGAUCCUUGCUUCAGAGCUCUGCUCCAGUACUGUUUCAUCAACGGGGCAUAUCUGGGCUGCAACCCUCCGCCUUCCCUGAGAGACGGUCAGAUGUGCGCAAACUGAUCGAGUUGAAGUCGGCAAAGGAGUGCAUAAGAGGAAGAUGUAAUCAUAGCUGGAGUACCUCAGCUUAGUCCAUCUGACUUUAGUGUCCUAAGUUUUUCCCUUCACAUUUGUUUGCCUUGUCUCUUUGUUGUUCUCAAAGUAAGCUGUUGCACUUAACUGAGUUAACGAGUUUCAUUAGAGAAAUAUCUUGUAAAAAUGCAGAUCCGCUGGGAUUCGUAAUAAAAGAUGAUGCUCUUGUA